AUGCCCGGAUUCACCUGCUGCGUCCCCGGCUGUUACAACAACUCGCAUCGGGACAGAGAGCUGCGCUUCUACACCUUCCCAAAGGAUACGGCGCAGAGAGAGAUUUGGCUGAAGAACAUCUCCCGGGCCGGGGUCAGCGGCUGCUUCAGCACCUUCCAGCCCACCACGGGCCAUCGAGUAUGCAGUACUCACUUUGCUGGUGGCAGGAAGACCUAUAGCAUUCGGGUGCCCACCCUGUUCCCGCUGCGCGGUGUGAACGAGAGGAAAAACAAAAGAGGCAGGAGCAAGAAAGUGUCCGCCGUCCUGCCGAUCAUCGUCUCCGGCGCCGACUUUACUCUCAGCGGCGCGACCCCGGAGGAAGACGACAGCGGGGGCACGGUGCUGCCAAAGGGCCAGGAAACGAAGCCCGCCGACUUAACAGCGCAGGGAGACGGUCCGUGCUUAACCAUCGAGGGGUCAAGUUUCGCAGCCCUUGCUGGCUUCACUGCCACGCAGCAGCCGGCGGCGCACAUCGUCCCGUACACCACACCGGACCUCUGCGCGCUGGGCGCCUUGGAUCACCCGUACUCGCUGAACAUUGGCACUACGUCGGCCGAGCUGCUGAAGAAGCUCAACGAACAGCGGGACAUCAUCGCCCUGAUGGAGAUUAAGAUGAAGGAGAUGAAGCACACCAUCCAGCAGUUGAAAAUAGCGGAGGCGAGGCUAAAUGAAGAAGUGCGGGAGAGGGAUCGGAUGCUGUCCGCUGCACUGGUGCGAAAGAAAGUUUGAUCGUUGGAGUACUAAAAUAAAUACGGACAAGACAACAUUUCGUGCUGCAAGGAGGUGUUAAAUCAUUUUGAAGCGAUAUCGGGAGGAUGCUUCUUUUUUUCUACAAAAGCGAUUAUAGCUCGUUCCCCAGUGAAGAACUAGACAGACCUUUAAAUGAUUUUUUUCCUGGCAUCACUAUUUUUUUUUAAAUGAUGUCUAUGUCAAAGUUCAGCAGCGUACCUUGGCAUUAGGCAUGCCUAUGCUUGGCUCUAGUUAUAAUGGAUGAUCCAGGUGAUUUUUCAGCUAUGUGCUUUAAAGGCUUUUUAAGAACCUCCAAGCAGUCUGAUACCAGCAUAUGGCAGGGAAAAUGGGAUUUGGGAGGAAAUUUAUGGAACGUGGGAGGGGGUGAUCCUGUAAAUGUGUGUUUAUUUUGGCUCAUGAAUUGCUGUUUGACAAAAUGCUACAGAUGGAGUGUGCAUUCAUGUAAGCAUCAUAUGAAGUGUUUCAAUUUAGGGAUGAAGCGCUUAGAAAUACAACCACGCAAUUUAAGCUGUUUAGUUAACAAGUGUUUUUAGUAUGCCAGGUGUGUUUUUAUGUUGUGCUUUGAUAUGACUGCAUCGUUUGUUUUGGUUUACGGCAUAACUUUGUAAAGUGAUCCAAAUACAUAUACUUGGUGUCCGAGGGUAUGGUUAGCUAUAGGUCUAAUGAAUUUGUAUUCGUUAUUCCUGUAUGUCAGAAGUAGCCACAACAACCUAAAGUGCGAAUGUUGAGGGAAAAUUUAAAUUUCCUCGGUUAUUGAAAUUGUGGGUUCAUGAAAUGUAUAAAAUGGGCUAUUUUCUCUAUUCCACAGCUAUUAGCCUUUGGUUACGUAUUCAUCAAAGUGGGGGACAUAUUUUACAAACUGUCAGGGUCUAAAUUACACUUGAUCUCAUUUAUACAGUGUAGCCUCCUGAAAAUGAUUAUAUUAUGGCUGUGUGGCACAUGCAUUGAUACCCCUGACCCCAAAUUGAAGAAACUUUGAGAAUAUAUGUUGAGAAUAUAUUCUAAUUACUAAUUGGUCAUACGAAUUAUGGAAUAGGAUUUGUCUGUGCGUUAUGUUUGAUUUUUCUUCCUUGAUUGUAUGCUAAGUAUUAGUAUAUACUCAAGAGACUGAAAACGAUCUACUUUAGAAUAAUUACUUUAAUAUAUAGAAUUCAUUUUCAGGAUGGACUUCCAUUCCAUGUUAGCAAGUUUGGACAUGUUGAGCCGCCACUCUCAGAUGUAUUGUAUUUUUGGGAAUGGAGGAUCGCCCCAUAAUCCAUAAGAGAUAACCUAAGGGAUGUUAAGCUUUGAUUAGUUGGGGAAAAAGGGCAGGGAAUGGUAAGUGGUUGGAUUGUAUUGGCAAUCAUAUGGGGUCCGGGAAAUAUUACACAGAAAAUAUCCAGAUUUUGUUAUAACCAAUUAUAGUGACUAUGAGCUGACAUUAUAUGUGGCAAAUAAUGUCAAUGGAAACAUCUACCUACAAGAAUAAAUAUCGUCCAAGGAAAUGUAUUUUGUUUUUCGUUGUCUUGUAAAUAAAGAUUUUUUUUUUUUUUACUAUUGAUAGCCUGCUUGUUUUACAUUGUCAAAAGUUAUGGGGAAAUAAACUGGGCAUAUCUUUC